AUGAAGUCCAUCGGCAGCCGGGACAAGCUGCAGGCGGCGGCGGCGGCGACGGGUCCCCGGCGGGUGCUGCUGCUGGUCUUCGCCUCCUGCUUCGCCUUCGCCACGCUCCUCACCUUCCUCUACACCUCCUCCGGCUUCGCCUCCGCCGCGUCCUCCGGCUCGCGCCUGGGUUCGUCGUCCUCGUCUAACGCGGCGGCCGGCUCCGGGGCGGCGCUGCCGCUGCCGGUGUUCGACGCGCUGGUCCACUACGCCUCCUUCUCCAACGCCACGCACCGGAUGACGGACACGGACAUCCGGGCCAUCUCCGCCAUCCUGCGCGCGCGGGGGCCCUGCAACCUGCUCGUCUUCGGCCUGGGCGCCGAGUCGCCGCUCUGGCUCGCGCUCAACCACGGCGGCCGCACGGUGUACCUGGACGAGAACGAGUUCUACGUCAAGUACCUGGAGCCGCGCCACCCGGGGCUGGAGGCCUACGACGUCUCCUACACCACCAAGGUGCGCGACUUCCGGGACCUGCUGGAGGCGGCCCGCGGCUCCCGCGCCGCCGAGUGCCGGCCGGUGCAGAACCUGCUCUUCUCCGAGUGCCGGCUCGCCAUCAACGACCUGCCCAACGAGCUCUACGACGUGCCCUGGGACGUGGUGCUCAUCGACGGGCCGUCCGGGUGGAACCCCAACUCCCCCGGCCGGAUGCCGUCCAUCUUCACCACGGCCGUGCUCGCCCGCUCCGGCGCCACCGCCGCCAAGGGCCCCACGGACGUGCUGGUGCACGACUUCAACUUCGAGGUGGAGCAGGUGGUGAGCAAGGAGUUCCUGUGCGACGAGAACCGGGUCGCCGGCAGCGGCACGCCCUCGCUCGCCCACUACGUCAUCCGCUCCGGCGGCCCCGCCGACGCCUUCUGCGCCGCCGGCCAGGACGGCCGGGCCACGUCCGAGGAGAAGACCCGCCGCAAGUAA